AUGUCCGACUCGCUGCCCUCGCUGCCCUCGCGCACCCCCGCCCCGCCGCUGGGCCCUGACGCCCAGAAUGCCGCGACUGACGAGGGCGCGUCCGGACGCAGGCACAAGACCACCGCCUGUGAGGAAUGCAAGAAGAAGAAGCUCAAGUGUCGGGGCGACCCGCCGUGCCAGCACUGUGCCGCCAACAAUAUCGAAUGCCGCGUCGACGAAAUGGCCGAUCAGCGCCGCAAGCUUCCCCAGAAACGCAAGCUCGAGGGUCUGGAGCAAUCCAAUGACAUCCUGAUGCGCCUGCUCAGCGCUAUCCGCGACAGCGAGAACAAGCGCGUCGCCCAGCUGAUGAACCUUAUCCGGAGCCACCCCUCCAUGUCCGAACUGCACAAAUUCCUCCAGGUGAACUUUACACGGUCAGACAUUGAGAAAUCGCCUGAGUUGCGUGAGUUUCAGCGUCAUGUCUUGCGCUCCGCUGAUACAAUGAUGGAGGCGGGGGAGUCUGCGCCACGGCAGCCGCGGCGGAUGCUGGACGUCCGCCGCCUCGCCGAUAGCCCUGUCUAUAGGGUACCGGCUAAACCUUGGACUACUGUGACCGACGACGACGACCUCGUUUCCCACCUCGUCUCUUUGUACUUCACCUGGAGCUACCCCUUUUUCUGCUGGAUGGACCGGGAGAUCUUUGUCUGGGAGAUGCAACGGGGCGACAUAAAGAGCCGGUAUUGCAGCCCGUUCCUGGUGAAUGCAAUACUCGCUGAAGCCAGUUAUCUUUCCGAUUACGCCGAGGUCUUUACCACACCAAAUGACCCGAUGUCGCGGGGCCAGCACUUUCAUGACGAAGCCCGACGGUUGCUCGAGGAGGAGGAGCGGGAGGGGACAGUCAGUAUUACUACUAUUCAAGGACUUAUGAUCUUAUGGGUUAGGCUGGUUCUGAUGGGCAAGGAUCGCGUGGGCUGGAUGUACCUGGAUCUUGCAUGUCGCGCAGCAGAAGAGUAUGCAGCCUCACAUUCAUCACAAGCAACGGAGGAAGAGAGGCGGAUUGAGGAAAAGGUCGUGAACUGGACCCUCUGGGGCAAUUUCAGCAUGGCGGCUACCGCCUCGGCGUCGCUCAUGAAACACAUGCAAGCUGAACCCCCUCCACGGCCCCGCGUUCCCGUCGACCACCGGAACCCAAGCGACGUUUGGUCCCCAUAUCCUCGAUGCAUCGACCCGGUACCGGGUCAUCACCUCUGUGUUUUCGACCGAUGGUGUGACCUUUGCUGCAUCGCGUUUAGCGUCAGCAAGGCGUUUUAUUCGGUUGAGCAUCGGGUCCCGGCCUCUGAAACAGUCGUUAUGGUCAGCGAUGUACAUCGACGAUUGCAGGACUGGUAUGCGAAUUUGCCGCCGUGCCUUUACACCGAAACAGCCGAAGUGCCGCAUGUUGUCGGUCUCCACCUCUUCUACCAUACUACCAUCAUUCACAUAUUUUGGCUGCUUUCGUCGUACUAUGACUCUAGUAGUGAGUACGAUAAAGCUGCGUCGGCUCGGGAGAUGACUCAUGAGAAUGCCCGGCGCAUCGCGCAGCUUAUCGGUGUUCAUCGUGAGCGCUGGGGAAUCGAUCGGAUGGCCCCCUGUACUAUCCAGUGGGUUACAACUGCCUUAUACGCCCUACUCGGGGCACUUGACUCACUCAAUAACCGUAACGCCUUUACCGAGCUAUGCAUUCUGGCCCGGUCCUUCUCUAGACAAUUUCCCCUUGGCAAGGGUAUCAUGCGGAUGCUCCAACUCACCGCGAAGCAGAUGCAGCUCUCUCUCCCAGAGGAAACCGAUGCCCUUUUCAGCGAAUUCGCUGCCGAGAACUGGACUGAAAAGGACCGGGAAGCGUUUAGCAGUUUCUACCCACACUUCCAAACGGUAAUUCGGAACGGCCCAACCCGGCCGGAUGAUUUGGCCCUCGACAGGUUCCUUGAGAAAUGGGACAAUCUGACCAUCUCGGAUCCGUAA